AUGGAGAGGGACAUUAAAAUGCUAGGACUCGAGGACCGCCUAAUCCUCGAAAUUUUACGUAAAGAACAUCCUGAGGUGUUCCUCAACAUCAAAAAUGAGGUCGCGACUCGCGCGGCCUCCACGUCCCUCUCGUCCCUCCCGUCGCACGCGGCUUCACCGUGCGUCGACGUUCCCGUCCCAGAAACGGCGACACCUAGGUCGCCGAGUCCCCGGUCGCGUGCAGCCUCCGACGCCGCGACAAUUCGGAACGCCGUCUGCGUUCCUCCAUCUCCGCUCUCCGCCGAGCAUUCGGACUCGCCAAUGUCCGAGUGCAUCUCUUCAUCAUCUGAUUCGGACGAUUCUUUCAAGACCGUAACCGGUAAGCGAAAGAAGAAGCGCUCCGCCCCUCAGGCCCCUCAGGCCUCUCCGCCCGCGAAGCGCACUCCAGCGCCCGUCGCGCCUCAACCCCUUAUGUCGCUCGUUAUCGAGCCCCCGUCCCCUUCGGUGGAGCCUCCGACUCCAUCCGUCGCGCCCCAGCGGGGCCCCAAGUCCCCGCCUCCUGUCGGCCUGAAGGCGCACACGCCUGAAGGUUCAGCUGGUCGCAUCACUCAGGCUGGACUCGCGGCAAGGAGUCCAGAAGGAACAGCCGCGAAAGCGAUGGCUAUCAAGGGUCAUGAGGAUCUUUGGGUGGAAAUCCAAGCCAAUACUUUUCGUAAUUGGGUGAACGAGACACUCAAACCUGUAAACAUAAAGGUCGUGGAUCUGAUCGAAGAUUUAAAAGACGGUACAGUCUUGUGUGCUCUAGUGGAAGCCUUGCAGGGACGAAGACUUAAAGGUUGGAGUAAGAAUCCAACCAACCAGCACCAUAAACUAGAAAAUGUUACCACCGCUCUACAAGCCAUUGAGGACGAUGGAGUGAAGUUAGUUAAUAUAGGAAACGUGGAUAUUGUUAAUGGAAAUCUUAAGUUAAUAUUAGGAUUAAUCUGGUCACUGAUUGUUCGUUACCAAAUUGGAAGGAGCAAGUUCCCACCGAGAAAGCUGAUGCUAGCCUGGCUGCAGUCGAGCCUUCCGGAAUGUCGGGUCAGCAACUUAACGACAGAUUGGAAUAGCGGUGUGCUUCUAUCCGCGCUGCUAGACCGUUGUAAACCUGGUAUCUUUCCACAUUGGAAGGAAUUGAACCGCCAUGAGGCUGUGGAGAACUGCAGGAGGGCAAUGAAACUAGCUCACAGAGAACUACAAGUGCCCAUGGUCCUGGAACCAGAGUAUCUGGCAUCGCCGUGGCUGGACGAACUGUCCGGAAUGACGUAUCUGUCUUACUUCAUGAAACCUGACUCCGCGGGGAUGAAGUCUACCCUGGACUGGGUCAAUUCACGUCUGGAAAGACCUAUUUCCAAUUUCACGACUGAUUGGAAUGAUGGUCGCGUUGCGAAUGAGCUGGUGAGAUCCAUGGGUGGACCAGCACCUCCACCUAGCAGACUGCGAAGGGACCCAGCGCGAUGGGAAGAAAACAACCAAAUGGCUAUUGACGCUGGUAAAAAACUUGGAGUACAGCCAGUGUUAUCAGCGAAGGACAUGAGCCAGAGCGACGUAGAACACUUAGGUGUAAUGGCGUGGGUCACACAAUUUCGUAACAUCCCACCGCGGCCGCCUGUACACGACAUGUUGCGAGUCGCGCUCGAUUCCACUUCAGGUCGGGUCGGAGAGACUACAUACAUAAAAGUCGAGAGCGUAACGAGAGAGCUGUCGAUAUCGGAAGUAAAAGUGUUAAUCGUAAACCCAUUAGAACAGGAGUCUAGAUUGAAAUUGGACUCGAGAGGCGCCGGAGAAUUCGUACCGGAGCACGCAGGCAUGCACGAAAUUGUUCUCGUUGUCGACGACGUAAGGGUGGAUGGAAGAUAUUUCUUCAGAGUGUUGCCAAGAUUGGUGUCAGUGCCUCCGCCUGGCAUGGCGCCUUGUGCCGCUGGCAGUCUUGUAGAAGUGUUGGUUAGCGCAACAGGUGCACCGAGACGUCAGGAUAUAGAUGUGACAGCCCACUCACCAAGCGGCAGAGCAGUACCACUAGAAGCUAGACAUCCACCACCAUCAGCUCCAGGAACCACUGCAUCCAGUGCCACCUUUCAACCUGAUGAAGCUGGGACUUGGACUAUUGCUAUUACCUACAAGGGAGAGCAUAUACAGGGUGGUCCGUUCACAUGCGAAGUAUUCGAUCCAGCGGGCGUCCGUCUCAGCCAGGGCGCGCUGGAAGGUGCGGAACCGCUCAAACCGCACUCCUUCGAACUGGAUACCAGCGGUUGUGGGGUCAAGGGUGACUUGCAGCUAGAUAUUGUACACGACAAGCGGAGCGUUAUGUGUGCACUGGAGAAACUGUCGCCUACCAAAUAUCGGGCUACGUUCAUGCCAAAGGCGGCGGGGAAACAUCGGUUGUACAUAUACUUCAACGGUUACGAUGUUCAUGGUUCGCCCCACGUGUUCCGGGUGGGGUCACGCUCCAAAAAGCCCCGAGACAGCGCCAGCCCAGCGUAUGCGAUGUCAAGUCCAGCCAGCCGCCUUAGAUCUGAAAGCCCCCAUCAAUAUCUGUACGAUUCGAAUUCCACAAAAUACAACACAAGCUCAAUAGACAGACGGGAACGAGAGAAGAGUGAAAGAAGAGAAUAUGAUAAAGAGAAGUCGUUUGAUGUCACCGACUCUUACGCAUCCAGGAUGAAUAAGAAGGAGACGUUCAAAUACGAGCCUGAGAGUCCACGAAGAACGGCCAGUCCGAUUACUUCGAAAUAUUUGGGGAACGGGUCACGCUUGGACGUUAAUCGAUCAAGUAGUCCGUAUAGAGCUAGCAGCCCAUAUCGAGCUACAAGUCCACUCGGGAGAACUAGCCCGCUAACAAGGAGAGACAGUCCUUUGAAUAGGACGUCUAGUCCAAUUAAUCGCGUAAGCAGCCCUACUGAGAGAUACAGCCCCGUAACAACAACUAAACGUGUCGUAGAAAAACGGUCCAACUACAAAAUGUAUAGCUCAUACAGUGGCUCCCAAGAUAACCUUGAUAUGAGCCCACUUUCUUCUUUAGAAAACGAUCGGGCCCGACGAUAUGGCAGUCCAGGGAUAGGAGAAGGGGGGAAAGAAGUGGAUCCAGGUGGGAAAUCGUAUAAUUCAAGAAACGACUCGUGGGAUUCAGUGGAGAGGACGAGGCAACUGUUGAAUAAAAAUAGCUUGGAUUCGAGCAAUUCAGAGCGUCAUGGAAGUACACUGGAACGAGAGACGCUGCGCAACACCCAACUCAACAAGUUUAGCGAUCUGUCGCACGACUCCUUCAACCAACAGCUAGAUCGAUUGGCGGACGAACGCGAAUCGGAUACUUACACGAGUCGGCAAGAAUUUAAGCGUGAAGUGCGCGAGAGUUCGUACGUGGUUCGCGACUCCUCGUACAGCAGUGUCGAGGAGAAACGUCAAGAACAGCAGUCUUUUUUAUCCAAUAGGCCCCCCCGUGACCCAAACGGGGGGGCCCCUUCUGAAACGGAUGCAGCUCACAUCCGUUUUAGACCCAUUCAAAGGGAAAACAAUAGAGGUGCCAAAGGUAUAGAAAUAAAACCAGCCUAUAAAGGAAUCGUGGGGCAACCUGUUGAGUUUAUAGUGGAUGCUAGCGCAGCAGGCCCAGGACAGCUGGAACUAGAAGUUUCCGGUGGCAACGGAACCUUGGUUGCCAGUUCCGUCCGAUCACUUGGUGGUAAUCGAUACGUAGCUGCUUUCACGCCAAGAGUUCUUCGUCCGCAUACUGUACGAGUCACCUUUAACGGCGAACAUUCACCAGGUAACCCUUUCUUAUUACUCCGUACUUCCCGUGUAGCUGACUCCGCUCCAUGUUUUUAUGUAGUGUCCUACAUAGCUGGUGCUUCCGUGUUAAGAGUCUCAUCGUUCUCGAUAAGGUCUCCGUGGCAGGUGGAGGUGAUGGCAGGGCCGGCGGGUGGCGGUGGUGGCGAGCCCACCAGACUGAUCCCCGCACGGGUGCCAGCCGUCUUCGAGAUAUCAACGGCCCCUGGCGCUUCCACCAUUAACAAAAAUGAGGUUGGCGUCACCGUAACAGCACCAUCACGGCGAUUGGUGACUUCGAGGGUUUUAGAUGUAGCUGAAAGACCUGGAGUGUAUAGGAUUGAAUUCACUCCAGAUGAAGUUGGCACACAUCUUAUCGACGUGUCAAUCGGCGAAGAAAAACUCGCUGCAGGUCCACUAAUCGCAAAAGUGUACGACGCCAGUCUCAUAAAAGUGACCGACGUGGGAAACGCGACUGUCGGACAACAAAGCCAAUUUCGAGUGGACGCGAGUGCUGCGGGCGAAGGGCAAUUAGAAAUUUCAAUCAACGAAGGCGAAGUCCCUAAUCACGUUCAAGUGGUCGGUGGGGGCCGGUGUCUGGUCUUCUGGAGGCCAGAAACGCCGACACCUCAUCGUGUAGACAUAAAAUUUAAUGGAGAGCCAGUACCUUCAUCCCCCUUCGUUUUUCACGUAGCACCUGCGCAGAGAGUCACUAUUGAUACGUCACAAAUUGAAUUAAUUCCUGUCGGUGAGUUGGUAUCAUGUUCUGUACGAGUAGAAGGUUCAGGAGGUGGAGAGCUGAAUGUGACCGUCAAAGGGCCAAGAGGCGAAGUCCCUGUACGCCUCACUGGAGAUGUUGUUUCUGGCCUAGUGGCUAGCUUCACUGCUAAACAUGUUGGACCACACACACUUACAGCACAUUAUAACAAUCAGCCAGUUUCAGGCACGCCAUUUGUAUGCAAAGCAUAUGACAGUAAGCUUGUAAGUGUAACUGGGGGCACUCUAGCCCGAGUGGGUGUACCUGUGCAGCUGGCCGUAGAUGCUGCACAAGCUGGGGAAGGAAACCUUGAAAUAACAGUUGCAGCUCGGGGUCUUAAUAUUCCUACACAAGUUCAUCCUCAGGGCAAUGCCAGGUUCACAGUUUCUUUCACACCAAUGGAAGCGUGUGAACAUAUUGUGAAUGUCUCUUUUAAUAAAAUGCGAGUACCAGGUUGUCCACUAGUCAUUGAUGUGUCUGAAGGUGGAGUUAGCGGGGCCCGUGUGACCAUACCCGGGCCUGUCCCAUUGCACCAGCCGACAUUCCUUACCUUACAUCACUCAACCGCCACCCUGGAACAGAUUGAAGUUAAUGUUGAGGGUCCGAAUGGGGCAUCCGUACCAGCCGCGGUCUCGUCUGCUGGUGCUGGGACAUUUCGUGCUGAAUUCGUCCCGCGCGCUGUGGGCGAGCAUCGCUUGAAUGUGAAUGUCGAUUCACAACCGAUUCCGGCAAGCCCUUUUCACUUGAAGGUCUAUGAUGUAACGGCGAUACGAGUGAAGGACGUAGCGCACGGAACAGUGGGAAAGCCGGUCACUUUUUUGGUGGAAACGAUGGCCGCUGGGCCUGGCAACCUGGAAGUAACAGUCAACGGUGGUCGGGUCCCAACAGCUGCGGCCGCGCAGGGAGCCCAUACGUACGCGAUAAGCUUCACACCGAGAGACCCCCGGCCGCACACCGUCGAACUAAGAUUUAACGGAGAUCAUGUACCCGGAAGUCCGUUCGUGUGCCAUGUCUCUGCACCAGCGAGAGUGAUCGGGGCUGGUUCAGGGGAAUCUCCCGAUAAAGUAUCUGUUGGUGACGCUUACACCUUCAGCGUGGACUCGCCAACAUCACCGCACGUUGAAGUGCUGGGACCAGCGCGACGACCAGUUCCGGUUCAGGUAUCAGCAGAUGAGACGAUAGGAGAAAACGAAGCCAGCAAACGAUAUUCAAUAUCAUUCGUGCCUGUGGACGUGGGAGAUCACAGUAUUGAGGUACGCGCUGGUGCAAUGGGAGGUCAUGUGGAGGGUAGUCCAUUCCUCGUGAAGGCCUAUAGUGCGGCUCAAGUCUCUGUCACUGACAUCUCGCCAGGUGUCGUCGGCAGACCGGUAUCCUUCACUAUCAAUGCGUCUCAUGCUGGUGCGGGAAAUUUGGAAAUCAUUGUCGCCGUGGGUGGUAGAAACGUACCUAACUUUGUUCAGAGUGAAGGCAACGCUAGAUUUAAAGUGAACUUCAAACCAACGGAAGCGGCUCCACAUACUUUAUCAGUACGUUUCAACGGGCACGCGGUUCCUGGUUCACCAUUUACUUGUAUUGUCUCCGCCCCUGCUGCAGCCCCUGAUGCCAGGGCUACUGGUCCGGGGCUUUCUUCGGCUGCUAGGGGGGAUUCGGCGGAAAUCAAUCUUACCGGUUUCCACUCGUGCGAGCCUACGAUAACAGUAACGGGUCCGGGAGGCUCAAAUGUGCGUUCACGUGUUACUCCGAUGGGUGAAGGGCGGUACACGUGUUCGUACACGCCAGAAACAGUCGGGCGGCACAGCGUGCACGUCCAAUGUGCGGGCAGGCACGUUCCUGGCUCGCCAUUCAUUUGCAACGUGUAUGACGUUCGACGUGUACGUGUUACCGGACUGGGACCUGGAGAACUGGAAGGAACUCUAGAGGGCCUAAAUCUAGACGAAAGCGGCGAAGAAGAACGCGGUGUCGAAGUUGGGAAACCAGUGACGUUCAGCGUAGACGCAGCUGGCGCGGGUGAAGGAACGCUCGAACUAGUCGUUUCUACUCCUUCGACGACAGUCAAAGCUGAAGUAGUGGCUGUAGCUCGUGGCCUGUAUGAUGUUACGUUUGUCCCCGUAUCGCGGGAGCCUCACCGCGUUUCCGUCACCUUCAACGAGCAAGCAGUGCCCGGCAGUCCGUUUAUCUGUCGGGUGAACGAGCCGCACACAUACGUUCAAAUCGGAACGACAGCCACCAUCGAUGUAGAUGAGAACCUAUCGGAUAUAGAAGUUCUAUCACCAACUGGAACCAGGGUAGCUGAUGCCGAUAUGGAAGACGAAGGCAUCGUUACAUUCCCCGUGUCUCGUGUUGGAAGAUACGUAGUGCGUAGCUCUAGGGGUCCAAUCGCUGAAGUAGAAGCGCUGGAUCCAUCUGCAGUGAAAAUACUAUCUAUUGGUGAAGCAGUGGCGCAUAGACCAGCCAUCAUAACAGUAAGCACAAGCGGCGCCGGUGGCGGUCGCCUGUCAGCCAGAGUGACAAGCUGUGGCAGAACCGUGCCGCAUUCUGUACGUCGAAGGGGAGGAUCUAGGACAGAACUCGUAUGGCAUCCAGCUAGAGCAGCGCCUCAUAGGAUAACCUUACUUUGGAGCGGCACUCCGGUUUCCAGAGAACCGCUCAUAGUCGACGUACUACCAGCACAUCAUGGCCAAGAGGUAUCCGCCUCUGGUCUUGGCCUGUACCACGGUCAAGUGAGCCGCGUAUCGUCGUUCAGUAUCGACACACUCGGUCGUGCGGCGCGCGAGUUCGAUGUCGUGGUAUCGGGGCCUGGAUCCCGAGCUUUGCCCGUCCGCUGCUACCAGACAAAGUCGGGGCUGCUUCAAGCCGAGUUCACUAUUACUGAAGUCGGACAGAGUACUAUAGAGGUUCUGCACUUAUCAAAACCAAUAACUGGCAGUCCUUUCACCUGCGAGUCGUUUGAUCCCAACAAAGUGAUAUUGUCUGGCUUGCCAACUGGAAAUUUAAUAGCUCACACACCCAUCAACUUCACUGUGGACACAAAAGAUGCCGGCUUGGGAGACCUAGAUGUACUCUGUGAGGCGAUGGGUGAGAGGCGCGUGCGUCUUCCCGUGGACAUUCGCGAGGACGGACAUCUGUACAAAGUGCGCUUGCGGCCCACAAUGCCAGCCCACUAUCGCAUAUAUGUUACUUAUGGAGGCGCCAGCGUCCCCGGCAGUCCUAUAUCUUUAGGAGUUCUCAGCGCUCGUGCAAGCAUUGCAGCGAGGUGCGCAGGAACGGGACUUGCGCACGCGCAUGUCGGCAAAGAGGCUGCGUUCACUAUACAUUGCGUUGAUGACACACCACCCAUUGUACAGGUGGAAAGACUGAACGAGAGUAAGGAAGAAGAAUCUGACUCGGGUUUGCUUGAAUGUCGAGUUUCGGCCGGAGCCCCAAGAGAGUGGCUCUGUGCUUACAUACCUCUAUCUGUUGGACAAUAUGAAGUUAGGAUAUUCGCCCCUUCUGGACCUCUACCUGGAAGUCCUUUUUCUGUCAAGGUUAUAGAUACGUCAGCCAUAGUAGCAGUGGGCGGCUGGGGUACUGAUAAUGCAGGUCGCGUCCGCGCUCCGUCUAAACUUGUUCUGGACACCAGCAACGCGGGACCUGGAACUUUGGAGUGCCUUCUUGCUGGGAGACAUCAACGUGUAGAAACAGUAUCAGGAAGAGCGGUGGUAACGCUAGCUGCGCCGGAGGGGGUAAGCGGCGAACAGGAGUUAGAGUUGACUUACAACGGGGCUUUAGUGGCCGGGGCCCCCAGGCGCGCGCUAGUUGCUUCUGGAAAUACAGCAGACCGUGUGACAUUAGCUGGCAGAGGGCUGGCUCAUGCUGCACCUCACACACCAGCUGUUUUCACUAUUGAUGGCAGUGCAGCUGGUCCUGGAUCACCGGAGGCAUCUUUGAACGCUCCAGACGGAGAAACGGUUCCCGUUGCACUGACAGCCGCUGGGCCAGGCUUGUGGCGCGCGACGUACACGCCGCGAAGACCUGGCGAUCAUCAUCUACGAGUGCUUUGGGCUGGACGACUUGUUAAGGGUUGCCCAUUGACAGUGAAAGUAAGCGCUGGCUCUGAAAGUGGUGACGCGUCCAAAGUUGUAUGUUCUGGUGCCGGGUUGGCUGGUGGUGUGGUGGGUCGGGACAUUCGGUCAUGGAUUGACACCCGACGAGCAGGCCCCGGAGAACUGACUGCUCACUGUACUGGACCUAAUAAGGUAGCCUACUGCGAGCUGUAUGAACACGGCGAUGGAACCUUCACGCUGAACGUCAAGCCAGCGGAGGCAGGACGCCACGUCCUCAGCGUGCAAUUUGCAGGCGAACACGUCCCGGGGUCCCCCUUCAAUCUCAAAGUGGCCGGAGCACCCGACCCUUCAAAGGUGCGAGUGUAUGGCCCUGGUAUAGAAGCCGGCGUCCUGGCUACGUUCCAGUCUCGCUUCGUUUGUGAUACGAGAGGCGCCGGCGCAGGUCAGCUAACGGUCAGAGUGCGCGGACCCAAAGGGGCGUUCCGCGUCGAGAUGCAACGAGAAAGUCAGAAGGACAGGACUAUACUAUGCAAGUUUUCCCCCACCGAGCCGGGCGACUAUCGUGUAGAAGUGCGUUGGGCGGGGCGACACGUGCCAGGGUCACCUUUCCCCGUCAUGAUCUUCGACACACAGGAGGAGCUCCGGAGAUAUCUGCAGGCCACCGCCACUUAA